AACUUCCUUUUUGCUUGCGGCUGUCAAUUGAAGCGCAACUUGCACGUGAAUUCUCUGCGAAUUUAGCGAUUUAACAUGGACAAACCAGUUGUGUGGGCACGCGUGAUGAAGGUUCUGGGCCGCACCGGCUCCCAGGGCCAGUGUACGCAGGUGAAGGUGGAGUUCCUCGGCGAGCAGAACCGCCAGAUCAUCCGGAACGUGAAGGGACCCGUUCGCGAGGGCGACAUCCUGACCCUUUUGGAGUCUGAACGCGAGGCCAGGAGGCUGCGCUAAUUCCGAUUGGCGACCCACUCGAGAGGAACCUUCUUACACACUGUUUUUGCACGCGGCUUUUUAAUUUUGCGGAGGCGGAUGGAGACAACGCAAGGAAAUCCGCGGGAGGCUGCUGCAUAUUCGUUAUAAACAAAUGAAAAUACACAACCAAUUCGCCUGAAAACAG